AGAGGAGCUGACUUCAGCGUGGGGAAGUGCUGAGUCGUCAGUCUGACAAACAGUCAGCUGACAAACACGGCAUCAUCCUUGACAUUUCAGAAAAUAUCUUUUGUAAUCCUUCCUUUUGCUUUCAGUCAAAGACUGGCACGGGAUCUAAUUGCAUUUAACAGGUAGGAUGUUUCUUUCUUUUGUCUAUUCUAAAUGCAACAAGCAAGUUUUCUUUUCCUAACUUUGACUUUGACUGGCUACCUACAGCAAAGUAAAUCCAAGAUCAUUAGUGUUGAUUUUUGAUUGCUUAACACCCAGCACCAGACGAUAAGAAAUAUUAUUUUGUUACCAAGGUAACUUCAGUUUUCAAGCUCUUCAUUUCUGUACUGAACAAAAAAAAAAAAAAAAUGAAGAGAUGUCUGUUCACUCAUUUAAUAGAAAGAAUAAUUUUUUUCUAAAGUAGAUCGUAAAAAAGUUUCACAUAGGAAUAACUGGUAUGGGCCUGGCUAAUAGAGGUGUAUUGUUUUUCACGGCUGCACACUAAAAUGCGAAGCUUGUUGAAGAAUGUUGGAGGCCCAGCCACUAAUGACGACCCUAGACUAAUGACUGAUUUAGGGGAAAUUAUCCAGUUUAGCAAGGCUUGUAGACAUGUGAGGAGCGUAUGUGAAAUGUGAGAGUCCUAGGGCAGCAGAAAGGCUUCACUAAGUUUUUCCCAGUUCUGCAGAAAAGUAACAUUUACGUGAAAGCAUACCAUAAGCUUGUUCCACAGCCCUCAUAAAUCUUCCACAAAUCGAAAGGUUUGUACAGACAACAGGUGUGUUCAGGGAGGUCACUGGCCCCUUUGAUAUCUGAUCAGCCACCCAAAAUUCUUAAACUAUAAUUGGCUAUUUGCUUUAUCUGAAGUCGGACUUACUAAGUUAGAUCAACCAUUGUUGUCAUGCUGAUAAGGAAGAUACAAUUUUCACAAGAGCUUUAGGAAGAUUACAGUGUCCUUUAAAAUGUAACAUUCAGUGACUAUUCAGUGUUUAGCACAUUGCAAAUGUCCAUUUUCAGCCAGCUACAGGUGUACAUAUCCAUGCUCAAAUGGGCAAACACAGGCUUGAAAUAGUCUAGUUGCAGAAUACAGUGUUGUAUUCUGUUUCUUUUGAAAGUUAAACUUUUAUCUUUAGUAACAUAACAUUUAUGUUAUACUUAUUUAUAAGUAGUCAAGUUGAUUUAAUCAGUGAGUCAAUCAUAAUGUUAAUUUGUGCAUAUGUUCAUGCAUACUUCAUGCCACUCCAUAGAUCAGUGGGUGCGGCCACCCCAGUCAAAAAAGUGUAGACACGCCCCUGCUGGCGAGACCAGUGCUGAUCAACCAGAAAUCAUAGACCAGAGUUCUUCACAAACUUUUAUUCCAGAUUGUGAUUAUUUACGUCUUUAUUAACAAAGUGUGUCAAUAAAUAUGCCAGAGAUCUUCUAAACAUUGUCAAUGACUCAGUGACCUUAGCACGAUCACGAGCUACGGUGCACGACUGAGAUAUUAAACUAAGGUGUAAUGCAGUGUCAUCGUAUUACUUUAGACGUUACCUAUGCUUCUUGAAAUCACGACACGUACACUUGGAAAUCGUCUGUCACUCUUUUUCACCGAACAUCCAAAUAUUAAUUCUUGAAUCUUUUAUUUUGAAGGCUCAGCUGGUUUGUUUUGGAGCGAGGCCUCACGCGCCGCUCGUCACGUGCUUAUUCUGCUGAGCGGCUGAGCCCUGCUGUGACGCUAGCUGACGUUUCCCCUUGACAGCCAAUCAGCGCGCUGUCACUGUAGCCGCUUGUUUAUCAGCUGCUUCCGUGUUUUUGUCUCAGUCCAGGGAAGGUUUUUGUCUGGGAGAGACUCUGCUGCCAUGUCAGCGGCAACACAGGCAAGAUGAUUUUACCGUGAUACAGAUUUGUGUUAGUUUGCUGUUAUUUUGGAGGUAAUAGCCACUUACGAGAUGUCGCUGCAGUGUAAGAUUUGGUUGGUUGUUGUUGUUCGUUAGCUGGGCGGCUAACAACAUAUCGUUUUUUGUUUUACCUAAUUGUGACACGUGUAUAUAUAUCUAUCUAUCUAUAUAUGUAUAUAUAUAUAUAUAUAUAUAUAUAUAUAUAUAUAUCUAUCUAUCUAUAUAUGUAUAUAUAUAUAUAUAUGUGUGUGUGUGUGUGUGUGUGUGUGUGUGUGUGUGUGUGUUUUUACAGUAUAUUUACGUGUCUAAUGAGCGUAUCCACAGCACAGUGUGGAUCUGAGCUUUUCUGAUGAUGUUUAGACUCUAUUGACAAAGUGACUGAGAUGUGAAGUGUGCCAAACUGGUUUUUGCAAUUACUCUUUAUUUGGUCAAAUGGUUAAUUUGUAGCAGUGAUACUCCUUUACAUUGCUGCCAUAUGGUUCAUACACUAGUUCCUUAUCUGUUCACAUGCGCUGUGGCUGCCAGUGCCCCUAUUAGCAGUUUUAUAAGAACCUUAAACAUACGAUAUUUAUGUUUGUCAACAAUGAAGCUCCUAUUUAUGACGAUUAUUCUCUCUUGCAGAAUAUGGGGACAGGUAUAGUCCCUACGCAGAGCUCCAUCCUAUCAACAACUGAUGGAAACUUUACUUCCCUGUGUCCCAAUGGGACUGCCUGGGUUUGGAUAGGACUUGGAGAAUGUGCUCAAGAUGCCAGAGACAUGGCCAGUGUCUACGCAGGCCUCUUGUCCAUCCUCUGCUUCAUGGUGUCUUCCCUCCCGUAAGUGUUUGAGCCAGUUUCAUCACUUUGUAUAGGAGUAGUCUUUUAUCACAUCACCAAUUAAAUUUAUCAUUUUUUUUCCUUCUGAUUGUAGACAGUACUACAACUCCUGCAGAACAGGGAACAUGGACAGUGCUCUCUCCAUUUGGUUCCUGCUGUUGUGGCUGGGAGGUGACUCCUGCAAUCUGGUGGGCUCCUUCUUGGCUGACCAGCUUCCACUUCAGGUGAUUUUCAGCCACAUGAUUGCCACAGCGUUUCCCAUGAAAGAUUAGGACUGUAAUACCAAAUUAUAGUGAAAAUACAAAACUGUUUUCAUCAAUCUUAAGUGUUUAUGAUUGAAAAGCGAUGCAGCAUCAGGAGUUUUAAAGAAAAAAGGACCCAUUUACUUUUCUUUUCUUUUUCAUUUCAUUAAUUAUAUAGCUAAAAAAAGCAAAAGAACUGCAAUAUUUAAAGUAUUUUGGUUUAAUGACUUGGAUUGUUGUUCGUUACAUGAUUUAUUAUCAAUAAUGAUUUGACUAAAAUUGAAAUUCUGAUGGCUUGACAAAUAAUGUUGCCCUAGUGUACACAUGUUCCUUAAGAAAUAUGUGCUUAUCACUCUGUAAGAACAUAGCAAGAAUAAAAAACUACAAAAAGGUAGUUAAAUUCAGGUAACAGAAACUACCACCAUGUUUUUAUCAAGACAAACAUUUUUCAUGUUAAUUGACACACAAAUGUAGAAUAAGUGAGAGUAACAGACAGUCGUACAUGCUUCACACUGAACCCAGGGUAUUCCUCUUCUUCUGUUUUUAACAAAAUGUCCCUCUAUUAUCGUGUGUUCCCCAUCUGUACACAAGGUACAGUUUCUUCACAAUUGCAAGAUUAACUCUUUUUGCAACCAAAUUCCAAAUCAAACAGACUUUUUCAUACUCAUUUGCUGAAGAUAAGCAGCUUUGUAUGUAGAGUGGGAAGAAAUGGAAAUAUCUAGUGAUAUCUGGUGGUCAGAUUCUUGGUUAAAGUGCUCCCUUCUUCACCUAUGCCACCUGUGAAAAUUCAGGACUAGAAACUCGUGCAUUUGGUGCUGAGUAUGAUUCUCUAUUGUCAAGUUUUUACCAUGAAAAACUUUGACCAAGAGAAAAAUUUUUACGCACAACAACUCCUCACUUUAUCUUCUUAGUUUUCCAACCUAAACGCAUCAAGUGGCUUUUUACUGAAUAUGAAAAUGCAGCAUUAAACAGUUUAUCCAGUCUGUCCCACCGUAGAACAUGGCGUAGCAAGACAGCAGUAUCCUGGAAGGCGACCACUUCCUAUGUAGAUACAACAGACUCAUUUUAAGUCAACAAAAACAACAUUAUUUGAAUAUUCAGGUGAUUAUAUUCCAAGUCUCUUCUGCUAAAUUCUGUUCAGUUUGACACACUCACUCAUGACAUUGUUGAAUAUUUGUCUCCUUCCGUUAUCCAGACAUACACAGCCAUAUAUUACGUCGGAGCAGACUUGGUGAUGCUUGCCAUGUACUUCUACUACAAAUUCAGGAACAAAAUGAGUGACGGUAAGUUGUUUUUAAUUUAACUGGUGUGGUUUUAAAUCCAAGUUCAAGUUUUGUGCUGUGUAAGUUUUACUCCUUUUUUUCCACUCUGGUGUCACGGGAGCUGUUGAACCCGUCGGCCUUUUGUGAACGUAUUGAACAGAGUCUCUUAUCACCAGCUGUAUAACUAUAGUUAUAGAUCUCUUAUACCAGCACUGAUUCUUUUAAUGAUCCAACACAAGUCCAGACAGAGGAAGAGGGUAAUCCCUGUACUCUGUAACAGUGUUAUCACAUACCUCAUGUUGUUGUGGCAUUUGUUUCCUUACCUAUGACCUUUGACACAGUCACCCUUGCCUGGUGGAAUGUGCUAAGAUGUAUCUCUCUGUAGAUAUUGAUGGUAAAAACAGGUGUCCUCUCUUUUCCAGACAGUACAAUUAUGAAUGUGGUCGGUGUAGUCUGCGUCCUGGGUUUCACUUCAGGUCUUGCCAGCCUCCAGGGUUUGGACAUCCAACAGGAAAUGAUUCCCUCAGGGUUCAGGAGUCGCUCCUUGCUCUCAACUGUUAGCAGUGACCAUAUCAAAGUGAGUGAUACUUGCUUGUUUAACAGAUGAUCAGUGAGGAGUGAUGAAGUUGUGUCUGCUUGUUCUCUUUUGGUGUAACGAGUCUGCUUUUCUGUCUCUUCAGCCAUUUACCCCUAAAGAGAUCAUCGGGUUCUCCAUUGGCUCAGUGUCAUCAGUCCUCUACCUCUUUUCCAGACUUCCACAGAUGUACACAAAUGUGAGUAUGACCAAGUUGGUUUCGCCUUCAACUGAGUGAAUUUUGUGGCUCCAUACAUCGACUAAUACUAUUUCAAGGAUUUAAGGAACUUUAUUUGGAAUACCCCACACCUUUUACAGUUUGUGGUGCGAAAUUAGUACCCAGGUCCGUUCCCAAGCCAAAAUAAUGCAAUACAAUACAAUACAAGAGCAAUCAUAAAAGCAUAAGAGCAAUAAAAACACAAAAAAUGUUAAAAAAUUAAUUAAAGGCUGAAAUUAGGUUUUGGCAAUUAUUCUUUGAAAAUUAAAAAUAGAUUAUAACAAGACCAAUAUACUAAUACUGGGACAGACUAGGGAUGCUGCUCCAUACUCUGUACGACUAAAGGAGUGUGUCCAUUGAUGUUGCAUUUUGAGCUAGGAGCGCCCACAAUCUCAACCUCUAAUUGCUUCUCAUUGUUGCUGGGUUGCAAAAGUAGUCUCACAGCACCUCUGCUCCUCUUGGUAGAGGCUGUUCAGUCUGUUUCAGCGUGUUCUGUAUGUUCAAUAUUUGCUUUCAGUCAAUAGUAGUUAGAAAUGGACACAUUUGGUAGAAACCGUGUCGUACCGUUUUCAGAAGCUCUAGACCUGGAAAUUUUACCUCAAGAACACAAAUGUGGUUAGUUUGCCCCCUGUGUGGACCUGCGUCAUUGUUAUUGACUAAGUUGCUAUCAGAGGUCCCGCCCCUGUUUGAUUUUGAUUGGUUGGUGAUCAAGACACAAUGUUGACAAGCACAGAAAUUGAACUGUUUUGUUCAGAGAGUGCUGAGAUCUCUGCAACAACAAAAAAAAAAAAAAACAGCUGAAACUGGAGGUGUACUUUGUGCUGAGGAUGGUGAGGAUUGAGGAUUCGUAUUGCACGUGUUCUUUUUUAAUAGAUACAAAAGUACUACCACUGUCUAAUGAUUUCAUGACCAGGGAGAGAGAUCAGACUUGGUAAAGGUACAGGUAAAGGUACAGGUAAAGGUACAGGUAAAGGUACAGGUAGUACUAGCUGUGCUCAUGGGCCAAAACCUGUAUGUAGGGAAGCACUUAAAUUGAAAUGAAAGAGUCAAAUUUCUCUGAUGGUCAAAAAUGAGGAAGUGAAAGUGCAAGUAAACGUCAUGCAAAGCCAGCAUCAAAGGUAGCUUCUGCAGAAGUGACGUCACUCUGCUGGGAAACAGCAGUCUAAGAUCCUUUUUUCUCCUGUAUUUCACCCCACAGUACAGCAGGAAGUCCACAGAAGGGGUGUCAUACUUCUUGUUCGCUCUGGUCAUCCUGGGAAAUACUCUGUAUGGCCUGAGUGUCCUACUUAAGAACCCUGAUGACGGCCACGGGGAGACGAGCUACCUGGUCCACCACCUGCCCUGGCUCAUCGGCAGCCUGGGUACCCUUUCCCUGGACCUCAUGGUAUCCUUUUAAAGAAAAAAAAAACAAACCAGAACUGCUGCGGUCGCUUGGCCUCAAGGCUCUCCCUAUUACCACGUACAUGCUACAUUUCAGGGAAGUGCUGAGCUUGUAGAGAGGACACAAUUAAUCAUUGCAGGUCUCAUGACUGCUUUCGUAGAAAUACAAUCUGGGGUAUCGAAGGUCCAAACACUCACAUGGGUCAUUGCUUGACCUCAGCUGCACCAUUUGUCUCCCAAACCAGCGUCUCUUAAUAGAGAUGAACUGAAAGUGACAUCUAAAAUAUCAAUGACACAGUAAUCAGCUUAGUAUUAAAAUCCAGAUGGAAUGCCUGUAAAGGACCCUGGUUCGAGCGUGAUGGAGGAUAGUUGUCGUACUUUCAGGAUGUUAGUGAGAACUGUUGGGGUUGUUUAAAAUGUCUUUUUCUUGCUUGAUGUAGGAUUGAUAGGCUAUUUGGGGGCUCCGUGGUGUGUUUUUCUUUUGGUUGGUGACAAGUCAGGACAGUGGGCCCGUUAAGCACCUGGUCUCUUCUACUACAGAGCUAUGCUGUUGUAAUAUGAGCAGAAUGCUGUUUGGCAUUAUUUUGCAGAAAUGUGCAAGGUCUUCCCUGAAAAAGGCUUUGUCUUGAUUGCAUCAUAUGUAAAUCUUUUGUUGGGCUCCAGGACAGUUUUCCCACUUUGCUUUAGUCCAUUCUAGCGCAACUCAAGCCCAGAGAAGUUGUCAGGAUUUUUGGAUCGUGUUUAUUUAUGAUUUUCUAAUUACAUUGUGCAAUUUUGACCUGCAUUCAUGGAUAAAACAACAAACUGUGCUUACAGUGGUUUUUUGGGAGUGAUGUUGAGCCCAUGCAGGGAUUUCCAUAGCUGUCCAGUAUGUGUGUCUAAGUGGCAUCUAAUUUAAAUUGAGCACAACCAGUAAGAUUUUCAGUUUCAAUUAGGUCUCAAAUAUGGCCUCAAAUCAAUAUCACGAUAUAUUGAGCAGUUCACCUUGAUAAUGAUAAAUGGACGAUAACUACUCCACAAGCUGCUCACCCCCUUCCACAUUAACUUUGUCUACUUCAGCCGCCGCUCCAACUUUUGAACUGUCCUCCAUCUCCUCACCUGUCUUUCCUUCUUUGUUAUGGACUGGAUGCGUCGAGUCAAGUCUCUGACGUAGGACAGCAUCUUAAAGGGACAUGAGACCAUAACCUACCUACUCAUAUCCAAACCCAACUUUUAUUUAUUUACUCAUUUUUUUGACACUGAAUAUAUUGAUAUGGCCAAAAUGACGUCAGUUAUUGUCGUAAAUUUCAGUGUCAGUAGAUUUUCGGUUCAUCGCUCAACCCUAGUUUUAAUAUUGUCUUUGCAUCAUUUCCAGUUAAAUGUUGGCCUGAAAUUAAAGGCAAACUUUAAUACGUUUCUGGUAAAAAUCAAACAACAUCAGUACCUUUGUAGAUACCACGGAAAUAGAAGUUACACUCCUAGGCAUCCACAAUUAGGUAUCCUUUAAAUUUUCUUCAUAUCAUGCUGCAAACACUGCUGGUUCAGAGAAGUUUCUGAACAGAGACCAACGUUUGACAUGCUGGUAAAUGUCAUCUUACCUUCUGUUUCACUCAUUUGUUUUUAUCAUUGGUGCUAGAGCUCUCUAUACUGUAUUUCUGUGUAACCCAACCACUUCUUGCAGCAGUUGUGUCUGUAGGUACUACUCUAUUCUUGAAAGUAUCUAAGUUUGAGAACUUUGUUGUGAAUGUGCUCAACAAGAUUCUGUUAUUGAGUAACUGUAAACUUAACAUUUUUACACAACAAACUGCAUAAUCAUCUUAGUUCUCAUAAUAUCAUAAUCAGAGAUUUUCAGCUUUGGGGUUAAAUUUUAAUCUUAAUUUCAAUCAGCCCUAACAUAGUUAAAAUUCCUGUGUGUAUUUUGCAGAUGCUCUCCCCUUUUUUACAGAGUCAGGUUAGCAUUAUCCAGUCUUUGUAAGAUGCUAAGCUGAGCCACCAUUUGCAGCUCGCAGGUUAAAGGGAUAUUCCGGCGUAGACACCCUCUCGAGAGAUGAAUGUUGCUGACUGCUUGCUUCUCUAGUUAUACCAACUUUAGAACGACCCCACAAUAGCAAUACACAGAGAUCUACAUCUCUCAUGAGUCGAUCACCGAGUGCAGUGGAAAAUUUAUGAUCAUUACUUCAUGGAAAUGUAAUAAGACUGAGACACUAAGACACAAGAACUACCGCAUCUACAGUGCACAUACAAGAUACACAAGAACUCUGAUUGCAUUUCCAUGAAAUAAUAAUCAUAAAUGUUCUUCCUUGAGCUGCGAAACUCCGCUGCACUUGAUGAUCGACUCGUCAGGGCUCCCCCACAAACAAGGAGGAGAGUGGGUGAGUUGUGUUUAGUCUCUUUGCUAAAGAAACCAGGCAAAGCUAAAAAGAUGUUUGGUGGCUAGUACUAUGGCUGGGACCCUAUAUGUACUGUUGAUAAGGUCAGGUGCUGUUCUGAGCUUUAUUUGUGGCUGUAGAGUGGCUUUUUGGUUGAGGUUUGUACGUGGAGAUGGUGUGUUUGACCCUAACUUAAAUUUACGCAGGAAUAUCCCUUUAAGACAAACAUGAAAAAGUGUUUGUUAUAUUAAAUUUAUCAUUUUUAAUUUACAUGGUGGAAUGUAUGAAUGCUUAGUUUGCAACUGGUGUUAGAAUAGUUGCAUUGUGGCUUAAAUGAUGCAGACUUUGUGAUAUGUGAUAUUGGAAACCCUAGACAUGCAUGAAUUCAAACAUAUUUGCCUACCUAUGCAUCUUGUGUCUGUUAUCAUGUGUGUUUCUUCAUGAAUUGUCAAUCUCUCUCAGAAUGUCACCAGAUUUCUUUAACACUGUGGUUCAGAUCUCUGUCCAGUUCUUGAUGUAUCGUAAACCCCAGCAGUUGGUGGACAGUGACAGUGAUGAGAGGACGCCGUUGGUGGGGAGCUACACCAACGAGGCAUGAGUGCACUAAAGGGACAUGAGCAGACACUCAUAUCAAGUGAACCCUCAAAAUCAUACUUUCAACCAAAUCAGGAUGACCAAGUUGUACAUUUUUAACUUUAUUGCAUGAUUUUAUUUAUUCUGCUCUUUUAUCGAUGUUUACCAUGUUUUUAAAUUCAAAUGUACUGUAAAAAUUGAAGCUCUUCACUUGUCUCCAGCUACAGUGAUGCAAUCAAAGCUGCAUUUUAUCCUCACGUUUUAAAGAUGCAUGAAGAGAAACUCUCGAUGUCAACUUGGUCCUUUCCAGUUUUUAGGUCACAACCUGAAUUGAAUGCCAGACCUUGUACAGACCUCAGAAACCAGCUGGUUGGCUUUCCAGACCCACCUGGAGGUGUCUUGAAACUAAUUCCUGUGUUUUUAAGUUGCCAAAUAUUUUGACGGUUCUGACACUAACCACUACGUGAAGCCCUGUCUGAUCUUGUUUACAGUGUUCAGAAAAAGCUCCUGUAACUCGAAUCGUUUGUUCACAGGGGCUUUAGGGACGUGUCUUAUCAACAUGAAUGUUUUGCAUCAUACUUGCAACUGUAUAUUUAGUCGAUUUUCAUGUGCUUUAAUCAACAUAAUGUUUUGAGCCUGUAUCUUUUUGGUACAUUUUAGGUAUCUUUUUAAUUAAAGUCCUAUUCUUAUGUUUUAUUGUUGUCUAAUACAGACUCUUGACCAGUUUUGUUUGCACUGGUAAUGAAACAGAUUUUCACUACCAUGUUUAAUUUAGAAAUUUUCAAGUUUUUUUCAUUCUCAUUGUUUUGCACAACAGACGUUUGUUUUGUACUUUGAGAAAUGUGAAAUUUGUUUUCUUUUUGGGUCAGUGUACAGGUCACUGUAAAGAUGAAUAAAAUGGAAAAUGUCUGUACUUUUUAA